AACGGAGUGUGUUUCCUGAUUUGCAAUCUGCUGUUUCCUGAUGUGCUGCCACAACUAACUUCAUAAGUACUACUACCUCAUUGAAAGAGACGACGUUCUAUGGAAGGAGAAGAGGACAACAUGGUGCUUUUAACACCUGAACAACAUCAGUGGUGGCGGAGGCUCCUUCAGCGCUUCCGGGAGGGACUACAGCGACGUCAAAGGCAACGACAGCAGCAGCAGCAAUAUCAACAACUCCAGCAGCAAGGACAACAGCACCUGCUUCAAGAACAGCAGCACCUGCAGCAAGAUCAACAACUCCAGCAGCAAGAACAACAGCGCCUGCAACAAGAACAACAGCAGCUGCUGGAAGAUCAACAGCACCUGCACCAACAACAACAGCAACUGCAACAACAACAACUGCAACUGCAACAACAACAGCAGCAGCAGCAAGAACGACAGCAGCCGCUGCACGAACGAACGUACCGGCAGCAAGAACAGCAGCACCUGCAGCAACAACAACAGUGCCAGCAGCGACAGCAACUGCGAGAACAACAGUUUCAGCAGGGAGAACAAAAGUGCCAAUGCCAGCUGCUAGAACAACAGCGCCAGGAGCGACAGGAACUGCAAGACCAACAGCGCCAAGAGCAAGAACAACAGAGCCGCUUGCAUUGGCACUACCAAUACGAUCUGCUAGCAUUUCAAUACCAGCAGGGACAGCAACUGCGAGACCAACAGUGCCAGCAGCGACUGCAACAGCGAGAACAACAGCAUCAUCAGUUAGCACAACAGCGUCAGCUGGGAGAACAAAAGUGCCAAUGCCAGCUGCCAGAACAACAGCGCCCGCAGCGACAGCAAAUGCAAGAUCAACAGUGCCAGCAGCGAGAGCAACAGCGAGAACAACAGCGUCAGCAGCGAGAACAACAGUGCCAAAGGCAGCUGCUAGAACAACAGCAGCAGCAGCACGAAUCCGAGCCAGAACAACAGCCUCAGCAGAUAGAACGGCGCCAGAGGAUGGAACAACAGAUGCAGGAACUAGAACAAUGGUUCCAGGAGCAACUCGCAUUCACCGAACUGGAGGCACUUCAGCAUCAAGAACAACAGCAAGAUCAGCAAGAACAGCAGCAGCAACAUCAAGAACAACAGCAAGAUCAGCAAGAACAGCAGCAGCAACAUCAAGAACAACAGCAAGAUCAGCAAGAACAGCAGCAGCAGCAGCAGCAGCAGCAGAACCAGGAUGAUCUAUCGUGCCUGCAACAGUAGGAGAGCCAGGAUGGCCAACCGGAGCACCGACGGGGGCUGCAACAGGUUUCAACAACUGAGGAAUACCAGCGGCUGCGGCAGAGGAGCCAUAAGGCUAUCCAGGGUGCUCAAAAUCAAUGAUGUGCCGUUCCCUACUAUGGGCACGUGGGUGUUGUGUCUCCACGUGGCUAGAUUUCAGCAACUUACUUGUGUUGUCUUUCAUUCAGUUAUCUUCCAUAAACGGACUUUGUAAUAUUUAAUAUCUUCCUUUCUGGCCUCAGCUGAUUAAAUCUUACUUGGUUACGUUGGCUCUUAUGCAUGUAUUGCAAGGUAUUGCACGGUAGAUAGACACUGACCGUUGUGGCUUCAUGCUCUGGGUCAUCCCGAUAACGAUAUUAUUAUUAUUAUUAUGAUAAGGAGAGCAGUACUAACCUUGUAAUGCGACAUAAUAGUGAUACGCGUCAGGUACUAGUUGACGUUUGUGGCUUUUUCAGUAUGGGCUGGUAUGCCCAACAAUCCAGAGCGAACUUGCCAGAUAUACUCUCUCUCUGUGUCUCAGGGUGUGAUUAAUAAAAGAUGGA